GAGCUAAAUUUAAUUAAUAAUCUCAUUCUUCCGAUAGCAUGGACGGUACAGGUACGUUGAAUCCUGUCCAGUUUCCCUCCGCUUCCACACAUCACAAAUAAAUGCCUUUAGACCGCAUAAAUUUUCCAUCUCGUCCGAUUUUUCACAGUGAUGCUCCGGUGCCGGAGGGAUCACUGGGAGGGUGAUGUUCCGGCGAAUAUUGAUUCAGCGGUCAGAUUAGUCUAGAUACUGUUUAAUUCUUAGCUGCGAUUAACGUCUUCCGUAGGCCCUCGCUACCGGUGUUUUACAAUGUCAUCAAAGAGAACUAGGAAAAACUUUACAAAGACAGCGAAAAAAUUUGUGGUUCAACAUUAACUAUAAUGUAGCUACUAGCUAGAGCAUGUGUGAGCUCGGAUGGUACGACAAGAAACUUGAGUUGGAAAAGUAGUCUUCCGUGUGUCAUUUUUGGUUUCAAAAACCUCAUGGAACCUAAACUUGAGAACUAACUUGGAAAAAAUGGUUGAUCCAUUGAGCUCAUCAACCAAUUCAUCUAUUACUGGCCCAUUGAUGUUCUGCAAGAAAAAUCGAUCCCCCUUGAUUGGACUUGUGACUCAAAGUUGAUUAAAAUGGCAUCAUUAGCUAAAGAAAGUGGACAACAAAUUUCUAGUAGUAUUGAGAUCGGCAAAUGUGAGAGCUACUUAGUUUUUAGUGGCGAAACUUCCCUUGGGGAGUCAUUUCGGAUAUUCCUAUAUUUUAUGGGCCUUGCUUAUUGUUUCAUUGGAUUGUCUGCUAUUACUGCUCGAUUUUUCCGGUCCAUGGAGAAUGUUGUGAAGCACUCAAGGAAGGUGGUAGAGAUAGAUCCAUACACCAAUACUGAAAUUAUUCGAUAUGAGAAGGUCUGGAAUUUUACCAUUGCAGAUAUCAGCUUACUGGCAUUUGGCACUAGCUUUCCUCAAAUAUCAUUAGCUACUAUUGAUGCUAUUCGAAAUAUUGGCAACCUGUAUGCUGGAGGUCUGGGACCUGGAACACUAGUUGGUUCUGCUGCUUUCGACCUUUUUCCCAUUCAUGCUGUUUGCGUUGUUGUGCCCAAGGCAGGAGAGUUGAAAAAGAUAUCUGACCUAGGAGUUUGGCUAGUUGAGCUCCUUUGGUCAUUCUGGGCCUAUAUUUGGUUAUACAUUAUUUUGGAGGUAUGGACUCCAAAUGUAAUAACUCUUUGGGAAGCUUUGUUGACUGUGCUACAGUAUGGAUUACUGCUGACACAUGCUUAUGCUCAAGAUAAGCGGUGGCCCUACUUGUCUCUUCCCUUUGCAAGAACUGAGAGGCCAGAGGAGUGGGUACCACCUGAGACUGCUACAUGCAGACGGGAGAAUAUCUAUGGAGAGAUAUUUCAAGCCCAUGAGAAUGAGAUUAUUGACAUUUUCUCUGUUCAUGAUAAAAAUGAAAGAGUGUAUCAUGAAGUUCCUGGACAUGAUGUUGCUGAAUCCUCCUGUAGUAAAUUUCCGGAGGAGACGGAUGAGAAUAUAGACCACCCACAUGUGCUUACAGUUUGGAAACAACAAUUUGCGGAUGCACUCUCGUUGGAAACUUUGGAAUCAAGAAAGCUGAACAACAUCCACUUACGACUUGCGAGAAUAUGCUGGCAGCUGCUUCUCGCUCCGUGGAGACUUCUGUUUGCAAUUGUGCCUCCUUAUCACAUUGCUCAUGGAUGGCUUGCCUUUAUUUGCUCUCUUAUUUUCAUCAGUGGGAUAGCUUACAUCGUCACUAAGCUCACAGAUCUGAUAAGCUGUGUCUCAGGAAUAAAUCCUUAUGUCAUAGCAUUUACGGCCUUGGCAAGUGGAACUUCAUGGCCAGAUUUAGUGGCUAGUAAGAUUGCUGCUGAGCGUCAGACAACUGCAGACUCGGCCAUUGCAAACAUUACAUGCAGCAACUCAGUGAACAUAUACGUGGGAAUUGGAGUUCCAUGGCUGAUUAGCACUGCCUACAAUUUCGCAGCGUAUCGAGAGCCCCUGAGGAUAAAGGAUGCAGCAGGCCUCAGCUUUUCUCUGCUGGUAUUUUUCUCAACUUCUGUGGGYUGCAUUGCUGUUCUUGUAUUCAGGCGUGUGACAUUAGGUGCAGAACUUGGAGGGCCAAGGCUGUGGGCUUGGGUUACGUGCAUAUUCUUCAUGUUGCUUUGGCUUAUUUUCAUUGUGCUGUCUUCCCUCAAGGUUUCUCACAUCAUAUGAAACUCAUUACUUAAUACUUAUAGUUACACCUCUCCCACCCCUCUCUUUUCACAUCCUAGUUCAAGUUAGUCUUAAGUUUAAGUUUUACGAUCCUAUUUAUUUAUGGUGCGAUUGGUUGGUGUUUUAGAGAAACAGAAAUAUGGAAACAAGUGAUUUAAUGAAAAACAUAGUUAUAUUUUAUGUUUCUAUCUUA